AUGCACUCCUUCACGCUCUCCGCUGCUCUUUUCGCCGCCGUGUCGGCUGCCACCAACAUCGUCACCUUCAAGUCGCUGGACAACGUUGACCGCACCGUCUACAUCACCGCCAACGCCGGCAUUCAGGGCCACGACCCCGUCACCGUCUCUGCUGGCACAUCUGUCGACGUCGAGCUCGUCGACGGCUUCGUCGGCAACGCAUAUGCCAUCCACAGCGGCUCCAGCAAUAAUGUCGGCAUGCUCGCCGAGUUCAACUUCCAGGGCUGGAACGAUCUGACCUACUUCGACGUCUCGGCUAUCAUCAACUCUGCCGAUGUCGACAACGUGUCCGAGAUGUACCCCUAUGGCGAAUCCAGCUCGCCCGUGUCUGGCUGCACUAGCUGGCCCUGCAACAACGCCUACUACCACGCAGACGACGUUCAGACCAAGUCCACCAGCCAGACCCAUCUGAUCGUCACGCUCAGCAAGAACAACUAUGCUGCCAUCUCCAAGCGCGAGACUGAGAGCGUUGGCCGUCGCUUCCUGGAGCGGAUCUAA